UGGGUGGAGAUCAUCCGCCCUCGGCUGGAGGCGGAGGGACUUGAACGCAUCUUCAGAGAAGACUGUCUGACAGGCUGAACUCAGGGCUGUAAACCCUCCUCAGCACCUGACGUGGUCACAUCCACCAUGUCGGUUGUGGAGGGAGCCGUGCUCGCCCUGUUACUCCUCUGUGUGUUAUUUAUUAUCCGGGUUUUUGUCGUUGUGAAGACUGGAUCGCAGUUCAAACCCGGAACCAGAGGUCCGGUCUCUGUGCUCGUCGUCGUGGGAUCAGGCGGUCACACCACAGAGAUCCUGCGGCUGAUGGACAGUCUGUCUUCAGCUUACUCACCUCGACACUAUGUCAUCGCUGACACUGACAGGAUGAGCGAGGAGAAGAUCUGCUCCUUUGAAAACUCUAGACCACACCCAAACUCUAAGUCACAGUUCACCAUCUGUCGGAUCCCCCGGAGCCGGGAAGUCCAUCAGUCUUGGACCUCGUCUGUGGUCAGCACCCUGAAAGCCCUGAGGUUCUCCCUCCCCCUGGUCUUCAGACUCAGACCUGAUAUGGUGCUGUGUAAUGGCCCUGGGACUUGCGUUCCCCUGUGUGUGGCAGGACUGCUGCUUGGAAUUCUGGGAAUGAAGAAAGUCCUGAUUGUGUAUGUGGAGAGUAUCUGCCGGGUCCAGACUCUGUCCCUGACGGGGAGGAUCCUGUACCCGGUCUCAGACUACUUCUUUGUGCAGUGGUCCUCUCUGAGGGACAAAUACCCCCGCUCCAUUUUCCUGGGAAGAAUCGUGUGAAAACAUGGGUUACAUCUUAUGAAAACAUCUGUCUGCUGUAUGAAUGUGAAUAAAUAAAUCUAUUUUUAUUGUCUGA